AUGGCGGAGGAGGUGAGCACCCUGAUGAAGGCUACGGUCCUGAUGCGGCAGCCCGGACGGGUGCAGGAGAUCGUGGGCGCCCUCCGCAAGGGCGGGGGAGACUGCUUACAGGUCAUUUCUGAUUUUGACAUGACCUUGAGCAGGUUUGCAUAUAAUGGAAAGCGAUGCCCUUCUUCUUACAAUAUUCUGGAUAACAGCAAGAUCAUCAGUGAGGAGUGCCGAAAAGAGCUCAAAGCACUCCUUCACCAUUAUUACCCGAUUGAGAUUGACCCACACCGGACUAUCAAAGAGAAGUUACCCCACAUGGUAGAGUGGUGGACCAAAGCACACGACCUCUUAUGUCAGCAGAAGAUUCAGAAGUUUCAGAUAGCCCAGGUGGUAAGAGAGUCCAACGCAAUGCUCAGGGAUGGAUACAAGACAUUCUUCAACACCCUCUCGCAGAACAACAUUCCCCUUUUCAUCUUUUCUGCGGGCAUUGGGGAUGUCCUGGAAGAAAUUAUCCGGCAGAGGAAAGUGUUCCACCCCAACAUCCACAUCGUGUCUAACUACAUGGAGUUUGAUGAAGAUGGCUUCCUAAAGGGAUUCAAGGGCCAGCUCAUCCACACCUACAACAAGAACAGCUCUGUGUGUGAGAACUCCGAUUACUUCCAGCAGCUUCAGGGCAAAACCAACAUCCUCCUGCUGGGAGACUCCAUGGGGGACCUCACUAUGGCUGAUGGGGUUCCUGGCGUGGAGAACAUUCUCAAGGUUGGCUUCCUAAAUGACAAGGUGGAGGAGCGGCGGGAGCGCUACAUGGACUCAUAUGACAUCGUGCUGGAGAGGGACGAGACGCUGGACGUGGUCAAUGGGCUGCUGCAGCACAUCCUGCAACAGGGUGACUGGACAGAGAUGCAGGGUUCCUGA